AUGCCUCAAAUUAUUCACUCAAGCCCGCUGCCCGAUGUUGAUAUCCCCGACGUAACAAUCACUGCGCACGUGCUGCGCAGAGCAGAACAGCUUGCGAACCAGGUUGCCAUUCGCGAUACCGCUGGCACCAGCGUCUACACCUUCGCAGAGCUCAGCGACGCCAUAUUUUCGCUGGCCGGUGGCAUGGCUGCGCGAGGGGUCGCUCCGGGUAGCGUUGUUGGUUUGAUGGCGCCAAACCUGCCGGAAUAUGCGGUUGUCUUUCACGGCGUGGCGGUUGCCGGCGCCGCGGUGAGCACCAUCAACCCAACCUACGGUCCCCAGGAAGUCAGGCACCAGCUAAAUGAUUCCGGCGCAUCCAUAUUGGUCACUGUGCCUAUGUUUGCCGAGACAGCGCUGGCGGCGGUUGAAGGCACCCAGGUGUCUGAGGUGAUUGUGAUUGGAGAUGCGGUACCUGGAACAACAUCUUUGGUAGACGUGUUUGGUGCGCCAAUUGAACAGGUACCGGUUGAUGUGGCAACCCACACCGUCGUGUUGCCUUACUCCUCCGGCACGACAGGUCUGCCUAAAGGCGUCAUGCUGUCGCAUCGGAACCUGGUGGCUAACAUUGAACAGUGUAAGCACGCGAUUCGCUAUAAGGACAACGAAGUUGCGCUGGCGGCAUUACCAUUUUUCCAUAUCUACGGCAUGCAGGUGUUGAUGAAUGGGUUGCUCAGCAACGGUGUUACAACAGUCACCAUGCCUCGAUUCGACAUGGUUGAAGCGUUGCAGGCGGUUCAGGAUCUGAAGAUCACAAGAUUCUUUGCCGUCCCCCCAAUUGUUCUGGGUCUGGCAAACGCGCCGAUCGUUGAUGAUUAUGAUACUUCCUCCAUCAAACAGGUGUUUUCUGGUGCGGCGCCGCUUGGUGCAGAACUGGCCGCUCAGGCUGCAGCCCGCCUCGGUUGUGAAGUGGUGCAGGGCUUCGGCAUGACCGAGCUCAGCCCGGUGAGCCACUCAACGCCAGAAGGUGAUUAUCGUCCAGGUACCAGUGGCGUGACCAUCUCCAAUACCGAGAGUCGCAUUGUUGAUCCCGACACCGGCGAAGACCAACCUGUUGGUGAGCGUGGUGAACUCUGGGUACGUGGACCUCAGGUGAUGACUGGAUAUCUUAACAAUCCAACAGCAACAGCGGAGACCAUUGACUCAGACGGUUGGUUACAUACAGGUGACAUAGCGAUCAUUGAUGAACAUGGACACAUGUCCAUUGUUGACCGCAUGAAAGAACUGAUUAAAUUCAAAGGUUUCCAGGUGGCUCCAGCGGAGCUUGAAGCGCUUCUGAUCACACACCCGAAAGUUGCAGACGUGGCCCUGAUCGGCAUUCCUGAUGACGAAGCAGGUAAACAUCCCAUGUCCAGUAUUAUAAAGACCGGCUCAUUCUCAAGUCCGCGCCAUACCACUGGUUAUCUGCAUGCCGGAAAUCCUGCGGAUCCCGCGGUGAUCUUUGUGCAUGGCUGGCCAGAGUUAUCGCUCAGUUGGCGCCACCAGCUGCCUGUGGUUGCAAGCCUCGGCUACUAUGCCGUGGCGCCUGAUAUGCGUGGCUACGGACGAUCGAGCCUUUACGACAGACAUGAAGACUACGCUCUGCGCGAAUCUGUGCAGGAUAUGCUUGAGUUAUUGGAGGGUCUGGGUAAAACCCAGGCAGUCUGGGUCGGCCAUGAUUGGGGUUCUCCGGUGGUGUGGAGCCUGGCGCGUCAUCAUCCAGACAAAUGCGCUGCUGUGGCAAACCUCUGCGUGCCCUAUGACACCCUUGAGCAUGGCUGGGAUGGAUUCCUGCCCCAUGUAGAUCGUGGGAUAUAUCCGCUGGCGCAGUAUCCCGCUGGACAGUGGGAAUAUAUGCGCUUCUACGAAGAACAUUUUGAUGAUGCCACGGCAACAUUUGAUUCCGCACCUGACAAGGUUGCAAAAGCGCUCUUCCGCGCGGGUGGUCCCGAUAAUCUGGGCGUGCCUUCAGUGACAGCAUUGGUCCGCCAGCAGAACGGCUGGUUUGAUGGCGGGGAGGUUCCGGAUGUGCCCAGAGACGAUUCGGUGAUCAGUGAAGAAGAGCUGCAAACCUAUGCCCAUCAUCUGCGGGAGAACAGUUUUUUUGGUCCCGAUAGCUGGUACAUGAAUCACGCGGCUAAUGCGAUCUUCACCGCCCAAGCGGUGAAUUCCCAUCUGGAAAUGCCGGUUUUGUUUCUGCAUGGUCGGUAUGACACCACCUGUGAAACCAUGACGUCGACAUUGGCUGAGCCCAUGCGCGCGAAAUGCAGUCGCCUGACCGAACAUGUUGUAGACAGUGGCCAUUGGAUGGCUCAGGAGCAGCCAGAUGUUGUGAAUGCCAGGCUGGUUGAAUGGCUGAGGGACUCCCUGGCAUAG